GAAUAGACUUUAUACGUAGUUUAAGUAAGAGAGAUGAUACACUUCUGAUCCCUUUGGACACAAAAUAUAAGUCUCUUGGUUUUUGCCAGUACUUAGUAUGAAAAAGAAAAGAAGACCAUUCAAAACAAGGGAGUGGAAAUGUUAUUUGAAAUUUCCAAAAGAAUUCAUCCAUGAUCAGAUCUCCCCAAGAAGCAGCUCGUAAAGAAGAAUUUUAUUUUUUUUAAGUACACCUGCUGCUGAGCUACUCCAAGAAAAUAAUUAAAUCAAAGGAUGUUUUAAAAAACAAAAACUGGCUUCCAAGCUACAAUUAUAUAUAUGGUUUCAGAGUUGUUUCAUGAUUGGUAAAACUAUUCAGCAGCCCAGCAUGAAUCUGUCUAUUGCAAACAGCAGUACAUCACAGUUCCAGCACUUUGAAUCCUGCCGGUCGUCCUUUCCUGCAGUCUUCUUGCUCAUCACAGCUUAUGCUGUAGUGAUAUUGGUGGGGAUUUUUGGCAACCUGUGCCUGAUUAUCAUCAUCAAAAAACAGAAAGAAAGCCAAAACGUUACCAACAUUUUGAUUGCCAAUCUCUCCUUAUCCGAUGUCUUCAUUUGCAUUAUGUGCAUCCCUUUCAAUGCUUCGUACACUCUGAUGGACUAUUGGGUCUUUGGAGAGGCAAUGUGUAAAAUAACUAGCUUCGUACAAAGUAUGUCUGUCACUGCUUCCACAUUCUCACUUAUAUUAAUUGCUGUUGAAAGGUACCAGCUAAUAGUGAACCCACGUGGCUGGAAGCCCAGCAUUUCCCAUGCAUACUGGGGAAUUGUCUUCAUUUGGGGGUUCUCUAUGAUCGUAUCAAUUCCUUUUUUUGUGUUCCUGCAAGUUACUGAUGAACCCCUUAAAACCCUUUCUUCCCACACUGAUGCCUACAUGAACAAGGUUGUCUGCAUUGAAGUGUGGCCAUCUGUUGAAGAGCGACGGGUUUUUACCACAACCAUGUUCAUUUUCCAGUACUUCUUCCCACUGGGGUUCAUUUUUGUCUGUUAUCUCAAGAUAUUUGUGUGCCUUCAAAAGAGGCAUGGUAAAGUAGAUAAGAUAAGGGAGAAUGAGAGCAGGAUAAAUGAGAGCAAAAGAAUUAAUAUUAUGCUCUUUUCCAUUGUUGCAACUUUUGCAGCAUGCUGGUUACCUCUGAACAUAUUUAACAUUGUGUUUGACUGGAACCAUGAGGUGCUGAUGAACUGCCACCAUAAUGUGGUCUUUAUCUUGUGCCACUUGGUAGCAAUGAUGGCAACAUGCAUCAAUCCAGUGUUUUAUGGGUUUCUAAACAAGAAUUUUCAAAAGGAUUUAGUCAUUCUGCUUCACAACUUUAGAUGCUUUGCAUCUCAAGAAUUAUAUGAAAACAUUGCCCUUUCAACGGUGAACACUGAUGUGUCAAAGGGAUCCCUGAAACUGAACAACAUGCCUGCAAAUAUCUGAAAACAGGCAACUUUCCAACAUUUACUUAUCUAGUACAUUUGUAUUCCUCUUAUUGUGGUGGUUUUAGUUGUGUUGCUUGAAGGC